GUGGCGGCGGCGGAGGAGGAGGAGCCGGGGGUUCGGGCGCGAGUCAGUUGCUGCGGCGGCUGUCGGUGGUGUGUGUGGAGGACGCGAUACUGCACCCCGGGCUGCCGCUGGUGGUGUGGCUGAUGGCAGCGGAGCCCAAGGGCUACAACCUGGGCGCCUCUCACGUCAGCGCGCUGCUGCGUGUCGUUUACCAGCUGGCCAUGGUGCAAGUGCGGGACGGCCUGCCCGACCCAUGGGACGGCGGUGGUGCCGCGGAGGGCGCUGGCGCUCCUGCUGCUGCCGCUUCUGGGCCUGCCACGUUGGCUGAGGUGGACGAGCUGGGUUUGCCCCCGGCUGAGGGCUGCCUGGUGAAGUGCCUGGUGAUGCGGGCGGGGUAUGGCGGCAUGGCAUGCGACGUGCGCAUGUUGCGGGGCUUCGCGGGCUACUGGGCGGCUAGGUUUAGAGGAGC